AUGGUACGCAGUGGUUUUCCACAGUUAUGGGCACAUCGAGUGUUAUGGGCAUUUGUGGUUACAUGGGAACGAGUUCCAGGUCAUGCACCAAAUCCCAGUCGAAAUACCUAUCAGGCUAUCAUAGCAACAAAUGGACUUUAUUCGUUUACUAUUUUCUUAUACAAUCAAUUGGAAUGGUCUGCUGGAGCAUGGGGCAGUUAUCCUCAAGUUGGUUUUAAUGCUGGCGAUGAAGUUAACUAUUUUACUCUAGAAAAAUCUUUUACAGCGGAUGUCAUUACUGUGGUACACGAUUCGAAUAUUGGUGUACCUGGGCAGUUUAUUUUCAUGACAAAUGGUCUUAUUAGUGAAGUGCGAUGUAAUUCGAGUGGAGGCUUACAAAGUUCACCUUUUCGAGGCUCCAUGCAUGGCGGCUAUCCCCUACGGUUAUUUGGAAUCUGUUUUCAUGAAUCAUCUAUCAUUGUUGAAAUCAAUGGUAAAAGAAUCAAUAAUUGCCGAAGUACUUUAGUCUCUGUAGAAUGUACUAUGCCGAUGGUAUCUGAAGGUCGAAUGCAAAUCAGAGUUUUUGAGUCUGGAAAUCUAAUUGGGCAAUCAGAAUUUUUAUCGUUUAUGCCAGAAACUAAUGCCAAUGUAAUACUGAGUAAUCACGGUGCACUUGAUUAUUCAUAUGCGCUGCGUGAAGAUACUCAUGUAAAUUUAUACUUUUUAACAAAUGCUCUUACUACAAAUAAUUUUUUUCGACUUGUAGUCUAUGAUUACAGUGCUCAGUACAUAGUAAGAAAUAAUACAUUCUAUAAUAUAGAUACCAACAGAGUUGAUUUGCCCAGUCCCCCAUUGAACCUUUCUGCAAUGAGUAACUUAACCAUUCGUUUCUCGUCGAUUUUUCCUCCUACGGGUGAACCAAUAGAUCGAGUCCAUUUGUUGGACAUCACUUUUGAACUUAUUGCAUCAAAUACAACAUCACAAACAAAUUCAUGGAAAGGAGCACGACAAUUUACUGUACGCCUCUUUGUUAUGCCUUAUUUAGUAACUUUCAACUACUGUCAACCAUGGUCUGCUCUGCAAUCCGACCUGAAUACAAUCAAUUUAGCCAACGCAGUCCCUGGAUGCCCAUGCCGAGUAAGAACAACAUGGGAUGAAGAACAGCUUGGAUUUAGUGCUGAUCCAGCAUGCGACGGGCGUAAAUCGGGUAUGUUCAAUUGUCGAUUGCACCAAGGAGCAAGAGGCUGUUAUCGAAGAAAAUCGACAACAAGUGAUGGAGCUGCACAUUGUUGCUAUAAUAACAAUGGCGGGUUAAUUACAGAUAGAAAAUUGGGAGGUGGUUCGUUGAUAGCCCAUUAUCCUGAAACUUUAAAAGCAUUAUCUACAUUUCGAUAUUUUUUCAUGGAUCGUCUUCCUUACGCCUCAUGUUGUGGUGUUGGAACUGAGAUGCUUUCCACUUGUGCACAAUAUAUUAGAUAUAGACGUCCCAGAAGCGCUUGUAUCAAUUUCAAUCUGGAAACUGGAGUGGUAAACAAUGAUCCACACUUUUCAACAUUGGAUGGAAAUUUCUAUACAUUCAAUGGACAUGGUGAAUAUACUUUACUCAAAUCCAUUGAUAAGCAAUUUGAAAUCCAAGUGCGUCUCACACAACUUAGAAAUGAAUCAGCAAAUUCUGCAUCAAUACAAUCCAUGGAAAAUGCCACGGCUAUUACAGCGUUUGUUAUUCGUAACGAAGAUCAACCACGUGUUCAAUUUGAACUUUUUCCAAAAUUACGACUCAUAGAAAUCCGAGUCGAUGAGAAAUUAUUGGAAUUUACACCGCUUUCUGAACCUGAUGAAUUAUUAUCUUCAUCGUUAAUUUAUGGUGAUGAUCGUCAAUUAAUUAUUCGACAAACAGAUGUCAAUAGCUAUAGCAUCUCCUAUGGUGAAAGUGGAAUUCAAUUUAUUGUAGAUGUUCGACCACAGUUUGAUUUUCUCAAUUUGAUAUCUAUUAUGCCUAGUAAAUUUAAAGAGAAUCUAAAAUUUCAGGGUAUACUCGGUGGUUUCGAAGGUCUCGCCUAUGCAAAUGGAACCUCAUUAUCGACAAAUUUGAAUGAUGAUAAAGCAAUGUUCCAUUAUGGAGAAUCAUGGCGUACAACAAGCAAUUCUUCACUUUUCCAUUAUCUCUUUCAAGACAAUCAUGCUCAACAUCAAGACCUAACUUACCGUCCUACUUUUCAACAAGAUCUGUUUAAUAUGCAUGCUAAUACGAGUCGUUAUCAAAUAGCUAAAAAUGUAUGUCACAAUAUCGAUCGUGAAGAACAAUGCAUAUACGAUGUUUUGAUUACUAAUGAUGCGACUAUCGUUCAAAUGUAUAAAAAUUCUGAAACAUAUUUAACAGAUUUGAAUGAAUACAUCAUGUUGGUUACAGUAGAUAUAGAAAAUGGAACAAUGCCUAUAGUAAAUGAUGAAACCACAACAAUGGAAAACAUUGACGUCACAUCAAUAGGACUUGAUGAAACUACGACAACACGAAACGAUCAAACCACGACAACACGGAGCGAUCAAACCACAACAACGCGGAACGAUCAAACUACGACAACACGAAGCGAUUCAACUACGACAACACGAAACGAUCAAACUACGACAACAAGAAAUGAUGAUACCACCGAAAUGACACCAAACUCGGCAACAAACUAUGCUCUGACUGAACUUUGGAUGAUUGCUAUUUUAGCAUUGAUCGUUCUAAUUCAUUAG